CACCUGUACCUGUACUUGUGUUUCAAAAUAUAUAUCUAUCUAUCUCACUGGUUUCAAUACGUACGGUACCGGCAUACUCUUGCGAUGUGUACUGCGUGGCUUGUGGAGAGACAGAUAUCAUUUGUGACUUUUCUUUACAUGUAAAUGGUAAUAAUGUUCUGUUGAUUAUUGAAAUGGACGAGAAAGGAUGAGCGAAGGAGAAUGAGGGAACCAGCAAACAAUCAACAGGGUGGGGUGAAGCGUUUCACGUAUAAUGGUCCUAACUCAUCUAAAGACAACUCACCAGGACCUACUGAUGAUUGGUUUAAUGGCUUACCAACUAAAUCCAGAUCUGACCAAUCACUUCAUGGAAGCAACCCUGAGCUUGAUGACGUAUGGAGCAUCCGCAAGAAUGUCUCUGCAAGUCUAAAGCUUCCAGCUAAGCAGGCCACAAUAUCUACUAAUAACCCCUCAACAACUGGCUACUACUCACGCCAUGGCCAGUAUAAUAAAUCCUCCAAACUCAAUGAAGACACAUCUGUGUUUGCUGGCUCAGAUAGAUCAGGGUUUGGAAAAUCUGGAGGAUACUCCUACGGUCAGUCCAGAUCCAGUUAUUCCUAUGCAGGUGCAGCAGAUGCAGGACCAGUUCAGAGUUCCAGUCCCAGGUUCACAGGAGGACCAAGUACCACAACUCAAGGGUCGGGUAGAUCAGGGGGAAUAGGUCCUCCAUUGGUAAGUGGCAAUAGAUCCCCCACCCGUUCAAAUACAAGUCGAUCGUUGGAGUCACAGUACAGCAGAGGGAGAGGCAGUGAUGGAUGGAGCAGCUUCUGAUCCAUCUCAGUAUUACAAACAUCAUCAACCAAUCAAAAAUGACAAAUUUGGAGGGAGGAAGGAUGGUAGUUGGAUCAGCUUUGACAAAAAAAAUCAUUGGAUGAGGUAUCAAUAUUAGAUCAUAUAGGAACUUUGAAAACCUGGAUAAAAGUCUUUGGAGAGAUACACAGUGUGUUCUUAGCACAGAAUAUCAACUGUCAGCUCUUUUAAGAAUGGAUAGUUUAUUCUUGGUAAAUGUUUAAUACAAUACAGAGUAAUUAACUCAUCAGCGUAAUUUGACAAAUUGCUUACGCGAUCAUUGUUAGGAUUAGUUAGAGUCCUUGCUUACACGAUCAUUGUUAGGAUUAGUUAAAGUCCUUGGUUACAUGAUCAUUGUUACAGAUCAGUUAGAGUCCUUGCUUACACAAUCAUUGAUACGGAUCAGUUAGAGACCUUGCUUACACGAUCAUUGUUAGGAUUAGUUACAGUCCUUGGUUAUAUGAUCAUUGUUACAGAUCAGUUAGAGUCCUCGCUUACACGAUCAUUGAUAGGAUUAGUUAAAGUCCUUGGUUACACAAUCAUUGUUAGGAUUAGUUACAGUCCUUGGUUACAUGAUCAUUGUUACAGAUCAGAGAGUCCUCGCUUACACGAUCAUUGAUACGGAUCAGUUACAGUCCUUGCUUACACGAUCAUUGAUACGGAUCAGUUAGAGUCCUCGCUUACACGUUCAUUGUUAGGAUUAGAUAAAGUCCUUGGUUACAUGAUCAUUGUUACGGAUCAGUUAGAGUCCUUACUUACACGAUCGUUGCUACGGAUCAGUUAGAGUCCUCGCUUACACGAUCAUUGUUAGGAUUAGUUACAGUCCUUGGUUAUAUGAUCAUUGUUACAGAUCAGUUACAGUCCUUGCUUACACGAUCAUUGAUACGGAUCAGUUAGAGUCCUCGCUUACACGUUCAUUGUUAGGAUUAGUUAAAGUCCUUGGUUACAUGAUCAUUGUUACGGAUCAGUUAGAGUCCUUACUUACACGAUCGUUGCUACGGAUCAGUUAGAGACCUUGCUUACACGAUCGUUGCUACGGAUCAGUUAGAGACCUUGCUUACACAAUCAUUGUUAGGAUCAGUUAGUUCUUGCUUACAUGACCAUUGUUAUAGAUCAGUUCGAGUUCCUUGCUUACACGACCAUUGUUACAGAUCAGUUAGAGUCCUUCCAUAAUGAAGGGUAUACAACUUACUUUUCCUCGUUUUUGAAUUCGGAAACUAUAAAACCAAAUUGUUGUUUCAUUUUUUUAAAACCUAGCUUUAACCCUAUCCAGGCCGGGGGGGGGGGGGGCCUCCGACUCAACGAGUCGCGCGAUAUUUUUGCCUCGCAAAAUUUUUGACCACGCUGCUCAAUGACUUUUUACUUUCAAGUCUUGCGCAACUUUUGAGACCAAUUUUGCGUCACCCGGGUACGCGGUUCCGAAAUUACGCAACGUUAUGUAAGUGCAUGUCAAACCAAAAAUUGCUUGAAAACGUGAUUUCGUGUACAAAGUCAAUGUAAAUUGUGUUUUCAACCAAAAAUCAUAAAUGUAUGAUUAUUUUUAGAUUUGCUAGUCAAAAUGUAUGUAUUUUAUGCUGUUUAUGAUCUUAGGAGAGUCCCCAAUAAGUUUUAAUAUAAAAAAUAUAAAAACAAAGGGUCCAAAAAACAGAAAUACAUAAGAAAUUGCAAAAAACAGUAUAAUGCAUAAGAAAUUGAUCUGAUAUCACAAUUUUUUUCAUGUAAACUUGCUAAGAACACCACAAAGAGUUUCUAUGCCGAAAAUUAGAACCUUUGGAACUUUAUUUAUGGAGUUAGAGGAAAAAGUAUGAUUUUGCAUACUAACUAUGCAUAAAUUAGCAUAAUUACUUAAUAUCAAUUCGCAUGAAAUAAAUUACUAUCCAAUUUUGUAGAUUAUAUGCCAGACAACCUGCGUGCUAAUUUUCGGCGCGGUCGACGACCGAGAUCUCAAGGGGGGGGCCUGGGAGGCCACCCCCCCAAAAUACCCCGGCCUAGUUCGGGUUAAUGCAAUGCUGUGACUGACUGUAAUAUUCACUGUCUUGCUACAAUCUCUGAUUUGCACAUUAUUCAUACACCAAUACCUUUGACAUGCAUGUCUUGCACUGCUCUUUUAAUCAUUGCAGUAGGUAAGGAUGUACUAAACACAGUUAAAAUCAAUUGACUCAGUUGGUCAAGUGUAUGCCUGAAGAUCUUGGGUUCAUGUCUACUUAGGGUGGAUGACUGAAGCCUGCAUUGUCUGUUAACAUGCCUCUCCCAUAUCAUAAAAGAAAGCCAUGUUAACACGGAGGAUCUGUGUAGAGUCUGCACAUGUCAAGAAUCCAUUGCAUGCUUUGUAUAAGAUUAGGGCUAAAUCCCACUAUAGAAGUCCGCCUGCACACAGUUAUAUCGGGAGGAAUAAUAAUAAUAACUAGAAUUUCAAUUCCUCAUGAGGACGAAUUAGGUGAUCUGUCUCUGGUUUCAUGAUCACAAAGACAAUCAGCAUGUUUAUUGAGGUCAAUAUGAUCAUCAUGAUGAAAACUGAGCUUUUCUUACGAAAAUAAUAUGUUGAAUAAUCUUGAAAAAGAGGGAAAUGAGAAUGUUCUGUGAAAAAGUGUAGGUCAUACACAUAUUGUACAGGAAAGAGAUUUCAAUCUCAGUUUUAUUGUCCAAUGUUUUAUUUUAUAUACAUUGUAAUGGUCAUAGAGGACCAUUUGUGAAAUGUUGAAAAGAAAGAAAAAAAAAUUCUCAUAUUCACCCGUGGGCUCGAACCAUGGACCCUAAGGACGCAAGUCUGAGGCCUUACCCAUUGAGCUACACUGUUUCCCAUAGACUUUACACAUAAACAAAUCGAGAGGAUCUCAAAUCCAAUUUUGCAAGAGAAAUAUGGGCAUGAUCCCAGCAUUUGAUCCGAAAAUGGAGAUCACACUUGCGAUAGUUUACAAUCUCAGCUACAACAUACUCCAAGCUCAGAGAAAACCAUCAAAAACAAAUGGAGAAAUGGCUCACGAAAUACAUGUAGAGGAAUGUAAAAUCCACUUUUGAGAAAGUGUCAUUUCCCAUAGAGAUUGCACACAAAACGAGACAAACCACAUCAGCAAAAAUGACAUGCAUCUUAAACUUGCCAUUUUUCAGGAUGAUCCAUUCCUUUAAAUUCAAAUAUAGCCAACAAAUUGGAAAGAGUAUGUCCUCAGCUACAACAUAUUGAAAACUGAGCGAAAAUUGACCAAUAUUUAUGGAGUUAGAGUCAAAUUUGCCUAACUAUGAUGACGUCAUAAGUAGCAAAGUGGAAAUUUUGAGUUCCGAUGCCAUUUUGAUGACGUAAUGAUGCAAUUAAUGGUCAAAUGUGGCAUGAAAUCGUAUCUCCCAGCCAUACUCUAUUCGAAUAUGAAAAAAAAUUGGGGGGUCAAUGAACUACCUGAAGAG